AUGGGAUUCCUCGUUUUCGCAUUGCACAGCACGGUGAGGCUAGCGACAUUGUCGGCGGUGUUUGGCAUUUUGCUGAUCGCUGGCAUCAUUGUCCAUCGCAUACAUUUCCAUCCACUGUCGAAAUAUCCAGGUCCAUUCCUGGCAAAGGUAACAGACCUUUAUGCUGCAUAUCAUGCCUGGAUCGGCGAUAUCCACGUCGACAUGUGGAGACAACAUGAGCGUUAUGGGCCAUAUGUUCGUUAUGCGCCCGACAAGCUCAAUGUCAACAAUACUGCGGCCCUAAAGGAUAUAUACUCGGGGUCCAAAAAUUUUCAGAAGAGCAACAAUUAUCGUGUUCUCCGGCACGGCGCCGCCAAUACCUUUACGAUGAUCAAUAAGAAAGAGCAUGCUCGCCGGCGCCGGAUCAUCUCACAAGGGUUAUCGGAUGUCGCGCUUCGUGAACAUGAGCCCACGCUCAUGGCGCAUAUCAAAAAGUGCUUCGGUGAGGUCGCUGAUACGGACGAGCGCUCGCUAGGUCUCGAAUAUCCCGCAAGCCCGACAGUGAGAGAGCCGUGGUCUCAGUCGCGCAACAUGUCCAACUGGUUCAAUUGGCUCACUUUCGAUAUCAUGGGUGAUACAAUCUUCGGAGUUCAAUACAAUCUCCUUGGCUCGGGAGCCAACCGAAAUAUCCCAAUAGCGAUCGAGGAAUCCAACGUGCGCGUAAGCGUGCUUCUUCAAGCUCCAAUUAUCCGCCAAGUUGGUCGCAUCGAUCGAUGGAUGUUUCCCAAGGCUAUUGGGGCACGCAAUCAGUUUUUACGCUUUGUCGGGGGACUUGUCGACCGGGUUAUGAAGCCAGAAUGCGCCCCCCAGGCGCGGACUGUAGUGUCUGUUCUCAAGGCAUCGUCUGAUCCCGUGACAGGCGACAAGUUAUCGGCUAAGGAAAUUCUUGCCGAAAGCACGACGCUAUGUGUGGCUGGGGCUGAUACUUCAUCGACAGCUUUGGCAGCGAUCUUCUUCUACCUCGCAAGCACACCCCGAGCGUAUAGGCGACUCAAGGACGAGGUGCGGUCUGCAUUCGAGCAUGAAGACGAUAUUAGGACAGGCCCGACCUUGAACAAGCUUCUGUAUCUCCGGGCCUGCAUCGAUGAGGCCAUGCGGAUGACGCCGCCGGCUGGAUCAUCAUUGUUUCGAGAAGCACAAGAGGGCGGCGCCACGGUUGAUGGUCAAAGACUCCCUGCAGGAGUGCAGGUGGGCGUGCCAAUCUACGGCAUUCACCACAAUGCCGAAUACUUCCCUGCUCCUUUCGAGUACAGACCAGAACGCUGGCUGGAGGGCGAAUCGGGCAACACAAAGGAAAACGUCGAGAAAGCUCGUUCAGCGUUCUGUCCAUUCAGUGUCGGUACCAGAAGCUGUGUUGGCAAAGGCAUGGCCAUGAUGGAGCUUAGUCUGGCGGUUGCAUACGCAAUCCACACCUUGGACUUUCAGCACGCCGAAGGACAACACGCUCUCAAGGGCUGGGGCUUUGAAGGCGAGUUCGCGGUUCAGGACCAUAUCACUGCAAGCAAAACGUAA